UGGGCUGUGUAACGUCAUGUUGUUGUUUUUUCUUAAGCUCAGUCAUUCUGAGCAACGAGUUAUUUGCGGUGAACAAGUAAGCUACGUUAAACAUCGCAAGGUGAAAGAGCGCCGAAAUCUCCAUUUCUAGGAUAUUUAAGUUAAAUCUCUUUUUACUGCGGAUGGAUAACAAGUUAUAACUUACGUAAAUAAUUGUAAACGCAAGUAUGACAAGUCCGCCUAUUAAAGCGGGAUCCUCGUUACCAAACGACAAGAACUUUUAUUCAAACAACAUCAGAAAAUGUGGAUAUCUCAAGAAGCAAAAGCACGGACAUCGACGCUAUUUUGUUUUGAAAGAUCAGAGUGACGGACUGCCUGCGCGGCUGGAGUACUACGAGAAUGAAAAGAAAUGGAAAAACAAGUCCGCUGCCAAAAGAGUUAUUUUUCUCGACUCUUGUCUGAGCAUAAACAAGCGCGCUGACGCGAAACACAGGUAUUUAAUUGCCUUCUAUACCAAGGACGAGUAUUUUGCUGUUGCUGCGGAGAAUGAACAAGAGCAGGAGAGUUGGCACGGAGAUUUAACUGAUUUAUUAAGUAAGGGGAAAAUGUAUGACAGCUCCGUUUCUAGUUCGGCAUCAUCUCUGGUGGGCUUCGACGAUGGAAAUUACGGCAUGAUUACACCGGUGAAUGCUGCGUAUAAAGAGGUAUGGCAAGUUAAUCUUAAAGCAAAAGGAAUUGGGCAGAGCAGAAAUAUCACUGGAGUUUACAGACUGUGCUUAUCAAGUCGGACAAUUAGCUUUGUGAAACUCAACUCAGAAGUGUCAUCUGUGACCCUACAGUUGAUGAAUAUACGCAGAUGUGGGCACUCUGAUAGCUUUUUCUUCAUUGAGGUGGGCAGAUCUGCCUCUACUGGACCUGGAGAGCUGUGGAUGCAAGCCGAUGAUUCUGUGGUGGCACAAAAUAUACAUGAGACUAUUUUAGAAGCUAUGAAAGCGAUGAAAGAGCUGUCAGAGUUCAGACCACGCAGCAAAAGCCAGUCAUCAGGAUCAAAUCCGAUAUCUGUACCCACUCGGCGGAACUUGAACAAUUUGCCCCCUAGUCAGACAGGGUUGGUGAGGAGGUCAAGGACGGACAGUACAGCAGCCACAUCUCCUGUCACCAAAUUUUCUUCUUGUCGAAUACGGACAGCGAGUGAAGGGGAAGGUACCAUGACCAGGCCGGUCUCCAUAUCAAUAUCUGAGAAUGGAAGCCCAACAGCUGUCGGCCGGAACCAUAUGAUCAGAUCUAAUACUGUCUCGGUGGGGUGCCGGACAUCAGAACCAUCACUGCUUCACAGCAGGUCCAUGUCAAUAACAAUGUCCCACUCGCCCCCAUCUGCUGUAAGCCCAUUAAGUUUGUCUUCAGUCAGUAUGAAUGGUUCCAUCUCAUCCACAGUUCACAGACCCUCCAGUUGCAGUGGUUCUGUUUGUGGGUCACCUUAUGAUACUGGCUUCCUCUUAUGUGACGAUUACAGUUCUAGCCCAGGGGAUGUGAAGUACAAUCUAGCAAACAGGAGUGACACACCUUCUUCUCUCUCCAGCACACCACCUUCAAGAGAAGCCAGUGAGCUCCAUGGUUAUAUGGUGAUGGACAGGCCAACCAACUCCCAGAACAAGAUGUGUCCAACUAGCAGAGACAUAUAUAACAUGGAUAUAUACAGGAAGAGGACGUAUUCUCUGACAACCCCACGGCAACAGGUAGCACACUCCCAGCAAUCCUCAGCAUCACUAGAUGAAUAUAUGCUGAUGAGGGCUGCGAACAGGAGAACAAAUUCUGCAUCUCCGAAGGUCUCAUACUCGAUUGAUUAUGGGAAAAUUGAUGUUGGCUCUAACUGUAAUGUGGGUGAUUACUACAUGCCCAUGACGCCAGGCAUGGCACCUCAGUGUGCCAAAAAUGACCACUACAUGCUCAUGAGUCCCAUGAGUGUUUCAGCACCCAAGCAGAUCAUUAAUCCAAGGUCACAUCCUCAGCCAACAGGCAGUGACUGCACUACUAACUCACCCAUCAGUGGAUCGCUAGAGGAUAGCGGGUACAUGAAGAUGUGGUCUGGGUUCAAGUUUUCACUGGAGAGCUCUGAUGGGAGAGCAGUGAAUGGAGAAUACAUGAAUAUGUCACCGGCUGACACAUAUGUCUCGCCCACAAGAUCAGAUUAUUUUAUGGGUCAAUGUGAAACAACACAACGAUCCUCCCCAUCUCUAGGUAUUUGCUUUAACAAGAAUCAGGCACCUAAACGGGCAGAAGAUGACCAGUAUGUUUUGAUGAGUCCCCAGAGCCAAAAUCCAACAGAAGAAGCCAACAGGGUUUCUGCCCUGCCACCUCUCCGUCGCCCUGAUGGCAUGGCACAGAGAGCAAGAGUCAACAGACCCAAUAGGUUAUCUUUAGAAACUCUGAGGAUGCUUCCCAGCAUGACAGAACACCCUCUCCCUUGUGAGCCUAAAAGCCCUGGUGAGUACAUUAACAUAGACUUUGCUGUUGCUACACGGUACUCCUCUCCCUCUAUGGUUUCUGUGGAAAGCCAGGGCUCACUGUCUAACCUCGGCCCGGGAUCCCCCCUCUCAGACUACAUGAACCUCAAUCAGAAUUUACACUCACUUAAACUGAGAGAAGCACUCAACAGUCCACUGAAUGGAAUGCAAGAGCUGGCUGAAUGCCCAUGCCCACCUGAUGAGGGGGCUUAUUUCCUCAUUAAACGGAGAAACUCACCAUGCCCAUCUGGCACAGGUAAAGACAAUUACACUGAGAUGAGUUUCAACAAUGGUCAAAUCACACCUCAGUUCCUGUCUGAGAAUGAUGAGAGUGCUUCAGUCAGCCCCCAAAGGCUGGACCUGAGCGACCAGGGGGUGUCAAAAGGAAUCGGUGCUUUCUUGUUGGCUGCCUCCUCUGUAGACCCAAACGGAGGAGCGAAGGUGAUCCGGGCAGACCCUCAGGGCCGGAGACGGCAUAGCUCUGAGACUUUUUCAUCCACCACCACAGUUGCACCUGUCUUUCCUUGCUUUGCACACAAUGUUAAGCGACACAGCUCUGCCUCAGUAGAGAAUGUCUCUGUCCGAAGCAGUGAAGGUUCUGAUGAGGAGUACGGGUCUCCCAUGUGCCGAGAGACUUCAGCUGCUUAUCAGAAUAGACUUAAUUACAUCACCUUAAACCUCAUGGAGAAACAAGAGAUGGGCAAUUGUGAAAACCUUAUGGGCUUCAAUACUGGUGGUUGUUGUAAAGCAGGAAUAAAUGGAUUACAUGCAACUCCAUAUGUGUGUCUGGGAUUCAAAGAGACUGCAACCAUUGUACAAGAUUGAGCAAGAAGCAGAGGUUAUUUCUUCUGGUACUGAUGGACAGUGGAACUCAACCAGUAACUAGACUGGACUGGUCUGGUCAUGACUAUGCUGCUGUAAAUGAACUGUGACCUUUGCAACUCAUCCUGAAGCUGAAUGCCCGACACCUGGGUUGUGAUUAUUCUAGUGAGGCCACUUUAAUAUGCUACUCCUGCACCAUUUUUCAGGAUCUACAAAGCUGCUGCUCUGUUGGUAACAAGAGUCACAAAGCAUACAUGCCACUUGUAUGUUUGAACUUUUAAUUAUUGUUGUUGAUGUGAACACUUUUUUUUAUUUUUUAUUUUUUUUUUAUUCAGAACAAUGAUUGGAAUAUAUUUUACCCUGAAAUAUGUAAUCGUCAUUUACCUGACAUCGACAAAGGUCCUUAUUUCCCUAUCCCAUGAAUAGCUACAGUUGUGAUAUUUUAGUUAUUAUAAAUUAUGACUAAAAGAUGUCCACAAGUCCUUUCUCAGGUAAAGGCUUGUAAUGAUGUAUGCAAUUUAAGAGAUAAAGAAUUCCUACCUAUUUUUUUCCUCAAAUUGAAUGUUCUCACAUGACCAAUCCAAAGCCUUACUCUCUCUGUCCCCAAAAUUGUGACUCUGGACCUAAACAAAGAGAAAAUAUCAAAAUAUGUGAUAUUUAUUGUAUACACUCUAUUUUUCCUAGAUAUUUAGUUUAUUAAAUACAAAACAUAGUAAGUUGCUAUAUAAGAGUCCACUUUUGAUAUUCAGAGUGUCUUACCACGUAAUCAGAGGUGGUUAUUGCAGAUAAUAUUAAUAACUAAACAUUAUUAGUACAUAUUAUAGUUAUGACCAAAAUUGGUCAUUUUCUCAUGUUGUUGCGUAAAAUAUUGACCAUUCCCUGUUCCUCUGCCUCAAGAAUUUCAUUUAACAGUAAUAUUAUAUAUGAUAACAGUGACUAUUUCCCAUUUGCUUUAGAAAUAGUAUGCACUACUAGAUGGUAUUGAUGCACAGAAAAUGCCAUAAGACACCACCUUUGGCUAAAGCAGAAGAGUAAAAUGGAAGUAAAUCACUUGAAAAGUAUUAUUAACAGAAUUGAUAGUUUUUCCAGACAAAAGCUUAUUUCAAAUGAGCACUUUCAGUUUUUUAGAUAUGUGGGUCCGGAAUUUUGAUGAGAAUUUCGGUUCCUUUCUGGGCAUCACUACUUGACCACAGUUUAAUAGUUGGUAACUGUCUUAAAGGGACACUAUGCAGGAAUUCUGUUUUUGUCAAACAUGUAUCACAAAUACCACUCAUGCAGAGCUUGACAUGUUACUUAGUAUACAAUAGUACAAUCGUUUAAUGAGAUCUAAUAUAUGGGGGAUCUAAUAUAUUUCAGUGAGAUCUAAUGAUAUCUAAUAUAUUUCAGAUCAGCAUCUAAUAUAUGUUGUUAGUGGUGAGAAUUUUCACGUCAAAUAUAUAGAUCCGACAAUUAUUCCCAUGUACUUUAAUGGUCCAGUGGCAGAACUUUUGCCAAGCGUGUCAGAGGUUCUGGGUUCUAAUCCACACUAAGUAUUAUAUAUUUUUUUCUUCAUCAAAACCAAUUGUUUAUUAGUGGUUGCAUAUCAAGCAGGGACACUUUUUUAUGCAUUAGGCUUUGUGAUUCCACCGUAACAAAUAUAGAGUCUCUCCGCAACGGAUUGAAGCGUGCGUCCGUGUGAAGACUGUAUCAGCGCUGAACACAACUGAACACUGUAUCAGCGCCACUGAUCACAGCGGCAACGAGCACUGUGGUCAGUUGAUUUCAAAAACAACACAUUUCAGAUUUUCUUAUUUAACACUUUAUGACCUGCCAUAGAACAAUUCCACCAGAGUAUAUCUUUCUAUUUUUACAUGCUGUGCUGUCAUUCUUUUGAGCAUUUUCAUAUGCCAAACUUCAAAAUAAUCCUUACUCUUCCAAUUUGAAGGCUAUGUUUGUAAUAAAUCAAUAGUAACUAGAUAAAUAUCUCAAAAGUGCAAUAAACAAAAAGAAAAACAAUUCAAAAAUUUCAAUACAAAAAAAUGGAUAAAUGUCAACCUCAAACUUGUCAAUGUGAAAAACGUGCAUGAAACAAUUUUAAGCUAUACAGAAUUGAUUUGAACUGUUUACAUAAAGUAGUUUUUAAGAUACACUCAUUUUUACACUCAUUCAAAAAAAAAAAGGGGGGGGGGUAAAAUGCCAUGUAAAAUAUUUGUGGUCACAUUUGUGGUCAAACAGAUAACAUUUUGCUUUUGAAUAUUGAUUGAACAUUGAAUUGGU